AUGUCUGGCAAAGAAGCGUUCGAAGCCCUAGCCCAGGCACUCCACAAGCACAUCUUCUCUCAACCGCGAGAGAAGUUCGCAGACAAACCCUGGGCUAUUACCGAAGCGAUAGACGAGUUCGCCACAAUCAACCGGAUGAUGACCUACCGUGAGGGCAAAAUGCGCCUUUCCAAACAGCUUCUGGAGCGUAUGCAAGCCGCACCCAAGACCCUGCUUGAGUUUGGCACCUACGUAGGCAGCUCCGCCAUUGGCUGGGGCGCUAUGUUGCGCGAUCUCCACGGUGAAGACAGCCAUGUCUACACGUUCGAAUUGAGCGCUACCAUCGCCCAGAUCGCCCGGGACUUUAUUCAGCUUGCGGGCCUGGAAGAAAUCGUGCAUGUGGUCGAGGGUUCGUCUUCGGACUCGCUCAGGAGGCUCUACACUGAGGGCAAACUCACUCCCGGUGGCGUCGAUGUGGUCUUUUUCGACCACUGGGAGGAGUUUUAUGUGCCGGAUUUGAAGAUCUGUGAGGAACUGCGAUUGCUACGGAAAGGGUCGUUGGCCAUCGCCGAUAAUACUGAUUAUCCGGGGGCACCGGAAUAUAUCAAAUACGUGCAGAGUGGAGGACAGCAGAAGGGUGCUGUUCAGUACGAGACAGAGUCUUUUGAGGCAGAGGUUCCGAAGCCAUUUCCGUCUAUUGUGAUGGUUAGUACUGUCGUUGAUAUUGAGUAA